AUGGAGAUCGCCCGCACCUCCAUGACUCACGCCCGUGCCCCCCAUUUUCUGUGGCCCUACGCAGUUCGGUACGCCGCUCACCAGCUGGCCACGUGUCUCUCGACCAGAGAGGACUCCUCUGACUUCACCUUUUACCACCCUCCCCUUCACCGGUUCUUUGACUCCCGCGGCGUCCGUUUCGACGAGUCCGUCCCCUACUACGUCCGGUACCCCUGUCGAGGUCUCCCGAGUCCUCCUCCCCCUCUUCUCCUGACUCCCGCUCCCCCUUAUGCUCCCCCGGUACAGCCUCCCCCCCCUGGUCCAGCCCCGUCAGGUGUGUCCCACGCUACCCCUCCCCCCUCGGUAGCCCCUCAGGUGCAGCCUCCUUCCUCGAAGUCCUCCUCACAGCCUACUGCAGACCCUGCGGGAGCCGUUGUUCAUGGCGAGGACCGUGGAGGUGCUAUCUCUGGAGGAGUUGGAGUUGGAGUUGGAGCUGAGAGCGUACCUGCACGAGUCAAGCUUUGCCUGCGGGUGCUACGACUGGGGGUGCGGUUUGCGCCCUCUGCUGGACCUGGAGAGCCUGGGACUGACAGCGUUGCUUCUGGUGGUGCUGGCUCUGGGGGUGGUGCGACUGGUGCUUUGGAGGGCGGUCCUCGAGCUUCCCCUGCCCCGGCCACUACUCCUUGCCCACACCCCUACCCGACCCGGCACCAGGCCCGUCUUCGCCGUGCACGUGAGGAGCAGCUGGAGUUGGAGAGAGAGAGCCUAGAGUUGGAGCAGUGGCAGCUAAUUGGAGCUACGGCAGCUGGAGGAGCAGCAGCAGCAGCAGCAGCAGCCACAGUCGGAGGAGCAGCAGCAGCAGCAGCAGCAGCCACUGCCGGGGGAGCAGCAACCGCAGCCGCAGCAGGAGCAGCAGCAGCCGCCGCCUCCUCCUCCUGUCUCUGGUCUUUGAACCCUCAGUCUCCCCUCUCCCUCUCCUCCAUCCUCCCCUUCUCCUCUUGUCUCAGGUCCCACGCUCCCUCCUCCUGA